CAAAUCAGAAACGGUACGCGGCCUUAAACAGCUAUUAAUCCAGCUCAUCAACGCUGCAAGUAUUAAACUAUAUUUAGCAGGGUAUUAACACACAUUUAAAAUCGAUGUUGCCAAUGCAAUCGAUCUGCUUCUCAUUAAAACUCGUAAAGUGGGUAACUUGUGAAGUCCCAUAGAUGGGUUGCACACAGUAUCUGUUGCUGCUAGCUAAAAGUGUCUCAAACUGGGAAGUGACGCUUCGUGGAGGAAUCUGAGAAAAGAGUACCGUUACGUGGGUGUGAUCUUAUAUGAGUAAGGAUCGUUGCUGUUACAGGAGCUUACCCUGCAGCAGGACACCGUGAACACAAGGACAUGAAGGCGUAUGUGCCAUGGAGGGACAGAGUUUAAUGGUGUUGCCCAUGAAUGAGAAAAAUACACGGACUUCUUCAGAUCUGCUCACCCCAGGCCAGCGACCUCUGACAGGGUCACAAAGAAGUCCAGAGGGGAGGAGAAGAUUAUCCUGGUUGACCUUUCUACUGCUCACUCAGAUGUCAAUGUAGUUUGAACACUUUAUUUAACUGGUUUUUGGAUUUAUUAACAAGUGAUCCAGUGGAACAUUAUUAGCUGGUUUGGUUGGGAAUAUUUAUCAGAUUUCUUCAUGCCCGUCAUGAGUGUACCCACCCAGCAGAAACCCAGCGCCAAGAGAACGGGCAAACGCAUCACAUUUUUCCGCGAUCAGAGCAUAGCAAUGAAGGAAACGUCUCAGCACCCUGAAGGGUCCUACUAUGUCCCAGGUGGCCCUGCCUCAGACCCCGGACAGAGUGAGGCUGCAAGUACUGUGACUUCAAAUCCAGAGGCCCCUCACAUGUACCUUAACUCUGUUAUCUUCAGCCCAGACAAAGGGGACCAGAGCAGGGGUCAUUAUCAGCAGACUGUGCCUAUGAAGUGGGCCCACCAGGAGCCCGCUCAGCAGCAGCCGUCUCUGUCCCAGCAGCAGAGAGCCGCCUCCUGGAAUACCAUGACAAACUGGGGACAAAACUUUGCAAAUUACAUAGGGGGCGUAAACGUAACAGACUCAAGGACCCAAAAUGCAUUUGUAAAAUCAAUGCAUGAGCCUUCUGGCUUACAGCCGCAUCAACAGCCCCCUAACAGAGCUGCAGAAAAGCAGCCUCCGGGUCCUAACCCUGCAGGCGAAGCAUACAGGGAUGCUGUUAAGGCUCAGGGCCUGGAUUGGGAGCAGCAGCAGUCCGAGGCCUUUCAGGAGACGUUGAAACCCGGCGCGCUGAAGCCCCAGCAGCACAGCACGUCUCACCCCGGAGGAAGCUCAGUCUUGCAGCCCUUUCAGUUGGCCUUUGGGCAGCCCAAGCACCUGCCGGCGUACUACCAGGCCUUUCAGGGCAACAGGACAACGCUACCUAACCCACCCAACUACCCAACACAAGCAAAGCCCCCUCCCCAGUUGCAGCAGUUGCAGAAGCAAGAGCAAAUACGGCAGCAACAACAGCAUCACAUACUCCAGCAGCAAAUUCAGCAGCAGCACCAUCAACAGAUGCAGCAGCAACAAAUAAUUCAGCACCAACAGCACGUACAGCAGCUUCAGCAGCAGCAACAAAUGCAGCACGAGCAGCAGCAACAAAAGAUACAACAGCAGCAGCAGCUCCAAAUUCAGCAGCAACUGCAACAUCAGCAGUUGCAACAACAAAACCCUCAUGUGCUUGACUAUUAUCCCGCUGCACAAAAUGCACACCCGCAGCCACAGCAUUUGGUGGUACACUCCCAGGAGUCCUCGGCCCCAGAUCCCUCAAAGAUCCAGGAGCCAAUUAUCCAGGACAUCACCCCAGAACCCCUGGAGCCUUCGGAUCUGCUGCCGCCCAUUCUUCACCCUGAACCCCCAACGCAACCCCAGAACCAAUCCCAAACGCAGCUUCGUAGAUCGCGACGGCUCUCCAAGGAAGGCGGGGCGCCGUCCGACAACCCUUUUCUCUCCGUUUCUUCGGAUCAGGCUGUUCCUGGAGGGCCGCAGGGCUCCCAGAACGGGGCCUGUGACAUCCAGGCAGCCCCGACGGGCGUCAUCCAGAGCACACGGAGGAAACGCAGGGUGUCCCAGGAGGUCAACCUGGAGACUCUUGCUCAGAAGGCCUCGGAAAUGGAGUCUCUACCAUCCCAUAUUGCAAAGGAAUCCCACCGUUCGUGGAGUCCCACUCAGACAGGGGGUAUGAACACCAAGCGGCCUCGAGACGACAGCCUCCUUCCCCUCGUCAUCCCCGUGUCCGUUCCCGUGCGAAGGCAGGACCCCUCCUCUCCUCCGGACAGAGAUGAUUCAGCGCUGGCCUCCACCUGGCCCCUGAGACCUUUAAACCCCCAGGACUUUGGGCGCUCCGACCACAAGCCCUCGGUCAUCGUCACCCGGAGACGCUCCAGGAACUCGUUGUCAGAGAGCUCAGAGCAGAAUGGAAGAAGUGAAGGAGAGCGGGACGACGACGGCAAAAAGUCUAAACGGCGUCCCCGGCCUGAGCCUCUUUUCAUCCCGCCGCCUAAACCUGGUUUAUUCAUCGCCCCUCCCAUGUACUCCAGCAUCACACCCUACCAGAGCCACCUGCGCUCCCCUGUCCGCCUCGCUGAAAACCCCGUUUCCAUCCCCCCCUACACCCCCCCGCCGAUCCUCAGCCCUGUCCGAGAGGGCUCCGGCCUCUACUUCUCCACCGUCCUGUCGUCGGCUGCAGCCAGCGCCCAGGGCCUUGCCGCCUCCUCACCCCCAAAGUCUGCAACACGCAGCCUGUUGCGCUCCAACAGCUGUGACAUCACACCACCCGUUCUGUCGGCUAUCGGAGAGGCCACUCCAGUCAGCAUAGAGCCACGGAUAAAUAUUGGGUCGCGGUACCAGGCCGAGGUGCCGGAGCUGAGGCAGCGGUCGGCGGUGGAGCGGGAUCACCAUCGAGCGGAUCAACUCUGGACUCCGCUGACUGAGCUGGAGGAAAAGCCUGACUUCACGCAGAGAGUGCAAGACCUCAUGCACCUGGCCUGCACCAGUGUUCUGUGUGGAGGAGGCACCAACCAGGAGCUAGCCCACCAUUGUCUGUACGAGUGCAAAGGGGACAUAAUGGCUGCUCUGUCGCUCCUGAUGCUGAGGAAUCCAGUUUUCCCCAAGUCUCAUUAUCUGGCCCGCUACCACUACUCAGGAUCAGACAGCUGGACUGCCGCUGAGAGACGCCAGUUCAACAAAGGCAUCGCUGCAUACAAGAAGGACUUCUUCAUGGUGCAGAAACAGGUCAUCACUAAGUCAGUGGUGCAGUGUGUGGAGUUUUACUACACCUACAAGAAGCACGUGAAGAUCGGCCGCGGCGGGAUGCUGAUCUACGGAGAGCUGGAGCCUCUGGAGAGCAAGACCACCGAGGAGGAGACGGACCACAAGGGCUCUCAGAGGUUGGAGCCACAGAGGGAGGAGGACAGCAGGAAGUGGGAAGGGUCAGCUGACAGGAAACAGGAUGUCGGCCCCAUCAGGGCACCACACACACUGCAGCCUGCUGACAAUCCUGGCACCGUCCUCAUCAUGAAGGCCUCGGAGGACGUGGGGAGGGAGCAACCGCUGUCCCGGGUCGGGAUCGUCCCCCCCCCUCAGCCGCCGCCCCCCCCAGCCUCCAAAACCCGCUACGACACCAACGCACGUAAAACCAGCCCCCCCGCAGCCAACAAAGCCUCAGCUGGCCCGGAGGGAGAGUUCCCCUGCAAGAAAUGUGGCAGGGUUUUCUUCAAGGUGAAGAGCCGCAGCGCCCACAUGAAGAGCCACGCCGAGCAGGAGAAGAAGGCGGCGGCGCUGCGACAGAAAGAGGCCGAGGAGCGGGCGGCGAGCGAGGCGGCCGCUGCGUUCGCCGCCCGGCAGAACGGGGCGCGGCAGGGGGGGGACAGCACCAACGACGAGUCGUCGGGCGGGGAGGACAAGGACGAUAAGGACUGGAAGUAAGAGAAAAGGACACACACACUGACUGAAGCGUGGCUUUACUCUCUGGGACGGGAGCAGGAUUUAAAAAGGAGAAACACCUCCUGUGUAAAUGUCGUGGGACAAGAAGACUUCCGUUGCUUGGCACAUUCAGGGACAGAUUUACUCCCAUGUGAGUGUGUGUUUGUGUGACAAUGAGUGUGUAUGAACUUUCCAAAACGCCCCCCCCCCCCCCCUUUACUCUGCUUGAAAAGCUUUUCAAGAGUUACCUCUCUUGGUCACAGGGCUCGUUCAAAUCAAAGCCAUGCCGCCUCGCCAGGCCUUUCCUCAGCACUUCGAGUCUCGUUCGACGGACAAGGAACUUUUUUUAUUUUCUUUCUCGAUGAGCCGCAGUACGCGCUUGCUUAGGCUGCAUCCCAUCUGGAUGAAGUUUUUUUUUAAGUCUGACAGCUGGGGGGGUGAACGGAGGGUCCUGCUGUUGGACAGACGGACGGAUGGCAUGUGCAAACUGCAAACUGUUGCCUUUGUUUGGCUGCUCCUCUGCACUAAAGGCUGCCAAAGCUUUCUCAGACGCAUGAUGUGCACCAAAUGUGUCUGUGAGCGUCCUUCAUUUGGGCUUCAGUUCUUUGUACCCUCAGCCCACGUCUCUUUUUAUAGUUCCCAGUGUGUUCCUCACUGUUAAUGCCUUGGAUGUUUUGAUGCUUUUUACCCUGAAAUGACAAUCAAUUUUACACUUUUUUUUUUUUUUAUAUAUAAAUAUCUACACAGGUAAACGUUACUUUUUCUGCCUGUGUUGCUAUAUAUGCUUAUUGUUGUUGUUUUUGUGAAUAUUCUUGUUGAUUAUUAAUAUUAUUAUAUCAUCCUGGUUUUUGGCUGCAAUUUAAGUGAACGCUUUUCCGUACUUGUCUAUACCUUAUUUUUCCUUUCUUUUUUUAUUUAAACAAAAAACAAACAAAAAUAAUGCUAUUCGCUGCCUGUUUAUAACUGUGAGAUUUUUUUUUUUUUGGAAGCCAGAAAUGAAGAAAAGGCAGAAACGUAUGUGCAAUAGAACAAGUUGACCCCCUGAGCGUCAAAACCCUCCCCCUCCCCACCUCAUGCUUUCUGUGGACGCCUGGCUGUCAGCACUGUAACUGAUAGGAGGACUGACUCUCUCUGUAAACCGCAGGUCUCUAUAGGUACACACGACGAGUGGGGAAGACAACAAACAACACGGACAAAUUCAAGACAUGUUGGAAACAAAAUCAGUAUUUAUGAGUUUCUUACUACUUAGCUAGAGGAAAUGACUUCCUCGUACAAAGGCAGUCUUCACUUUAACCAAACUUAAGUCAUAUUUUGACGGUUUAAACAAGAGGUUUUGAUAGCAGAUAAUUUAGUGGGAGUCGAUAUCUGCCUCUUAAAAGCAGAGAACAUAUUGUCAUCAACGAACAGGUAUACAGAGAGGAAGUAUUGUUUACUGUAAAACAACUUAACUCAUAUUUUUAAUGUCAACAAAAGACAUUUGCUUUGCUUUCUAGAACCAGAUAUCAGUAUCUGCUCCCUUCUUACACAUUUCAGCUAAAUUAUAGCUAUUACGCAUAUUUUUAAGUAUUUUUUAUAAAUAAUAAAAAAGAACAGACUCAUUGUUUACUGUUAACAUAACUUCACUUUACAGGAGGUUUUGAAUGCUUAAGACAUUUUUACUAUCUUUUUAAAACCAGAUAUCAGCAGCAGUCGGUUCUCUACUUCCCACAAACUGUGAAUAUGUCAGUAAACUGUCAUCAACAAACCUGCAUUAGGCAAGGCAGAAGCAUUAUUUUCUGCUAACCAAACGUAACUAGAAUGUUGCAGGUUUUAAGAAGGGAUUUAGCAUGUUGUUAUGAAAGUUAUAUUUUCAGACUAAAAAUACUUAUUUGCUGAUAUUUGGUGCCUUUUAAAUUGAAACCUGUUUUGCUGGAUUUUGGAGACUGUGUUCUCUCCUGUGUCUCACACUGUGUUAAGAUGGUUGUGACACUAACACGCUCUGAUGAAACCAUGACUAUGUGGGUCAGCAGUUGACCUAAGGGCAGCAUGACACAGCUUACACAAGCAUUUGGAAAUGUUGAGUUAUUAUAUAUAUAUAUAUAUAUAUAUAUAUAUAUAUAUAUAUAUAUUGCAAAUAUGACGUUUAAAUGAAGAUAGUGGCUGACAAAUUCACAAAAAAAAAACGAAAUCCUGGCUGUUUAUCGACACAAUAUUUCCAUGUCUAUCCCUAACGUGUGUAUCUAUGGUUGACUUUCUGUUUACCUUGUCGCUGAUGGCAGGCACUAAAUUGGUCUGUGGAAACGGCGUGUUUUGAUCCGUCUAUCUCUACAUAUCUCAACGUUAAGCUCUUCGGCCCGGAGCCAGCUUCUGUUGCCGUCGCAACAAAUGGGUUAAAGGGUUAUUUUCCUUUAAAGGACAAACCACAGUGGGGAAGUUGUGGCGAGAAAAAGCUCUGGUUAUCAUUAACUCCACAACUCAGACCUGGGUCUAUGCACAGACUGUGUGUGUGUGUUUGGAUGUACUGUUAAGUGUGUGUGUGUGUGUGUGUGUGUGUGUGUGUGUGUGUGUGUGUGUGUGUGUGUGUGUGUGAGAGGUUCAAAUGUUAAACUGUACGCCGCUCUAUGAAAAAAAAGGUUUGCAAGACUGUUCACAUGUUUGGUAUGUUAAUUUAUAUUUCCUUUUUCUUUCGGGCUUUUCUUGAGGUUCCUCGUGAGGGGGAAGUUGUUGUGAAAACGUUUUUAAGCUGCAGAAUUAUGGAUGAAAUUCGAGGCCGUCGACACAAAACACACAGCUGUAAAAAUGUCCUAAUUUCAUCCACUUAGUUAAGGGAAUUUUAAGAGGAAAAAAAGGUUUAUUUAGCUAAAGAUUAGAAAAAUAUAUAUGAAUGAAAUUCUAUGUUUGCAUACUUUCUAUGCUAUUUUCAUAUAUGGGGUUCACACUAAUGAUGAAAAACGGAAAGGAAUCUCAAGUGCUUUUUACUACAGUGUAACUUAUUUGUUUCGAUUUGAUUUUUACCACCUGUGUUUUUAGUAAUGAUUUACAAAGCACUGUAUAUUAAAGUUUUAAAAUAUUCACUAA